GUAAUCUUAAAAAGUUUUUCUUUGUAAAAUAAAUUGAAUUCAUUAUCAAAUCAGUAUUUUGAAAUUUAUCAAGGAUAUAUUCACAGAUACCAUAAUGAAAGAGAAAACUACCAUGAAUAUAACUCAAGAUGAUCAAAUCAAUAAAGUAACCAAUAUGAGUAGUAGUUGUCUGAAUUGUAUCAGAAGUCGUACAACAAUAUUGAUUAUUGUAUUUAUUGCAUUACUUCUAGAUAAUGUAUUAUUAACUACUAUUGUUCCAAUUAUACCUAAAUUAUUAUUAAAUGAAGAGCUAAUAGGAACUAAUUGUACCCAUGGGCAUUGUUCCCAUUCAACUAUUCAUACCAUUGAUAAUUAUAAUCCACAUAUUAAAAUUGGUAUACUAUUUACUGUUAAACCACUUGUACAGUUCUUAGUGAAUCCAUUUGUUGGUCCAAUUACUAACAGAAUUGGUUAUAGUAUUCCAAUGUUUACUGGAUUCAUACUCUUGUUUAUAUCAAUAAUUAUUUUUGCUUUUGAAACAAAUUUCUACAUUUUAUUGAUUGCCAGAGCUAUUCAAGGUGUUGGAUCAGCAUGUUCAUCUGUAUCCGGAAUGGGAAUGUUAGCCACUUAUUAUAUUGACGAAACAGAACGAGGUCGUGCAUUUGCUAUUGCUUUAAGUGGACUUGCUAUAGGGUUAUUAAUUGGUGCCCCCUAUGGAGGAAUUACAUAUCAGUUUAUAAGUAAACAAGCACCAUUUCUCAUUCUGGCUAGUAUAACUGUUGUUGAUGGAAUUCUACAACUGUUAGUCUUGAAACCAAAGAUUCAACGUGAAAGUCAAGAAGGUUCAAAAUUAACUGAAUUGUUAAAAGAUCCAUAUAUUCUAGUAGCAGCUGGUUCAAUUACAUUUGGUAAUCUUGGUAUGUCUGUAUUAGAACCAACUUUACCAUUAUGGAUGAAAACUAGAAUGAAUUCUACAGAAUGGCAACAAGUUGGUACAAAUAUAUUUGGACCAAUUGCACAUAGAAUUGGUAGUGGAUAUAGUGCAGGUUUAGGUUUAUUAAUUACUACUGGAUGUUUAAUAGCAGUACCAUUUACAAAACGAAUGGAACAUUUAAUAGCACCUAUGUUCGGUUUGGGAUUUGCUGUUGGCAUGGUUGAUUCAUCAAUGAUGCCAAUCAUGGGUUAUUUAGUAGACUUAAGACAUGUUGCAGUCUAUGGAAGUGUUUAUGCUAUUGCAGAUGUGGCAUUUUGUCUUUCAUUUGUAAUUGGACCAAUUGUUGGUGCUGUACUGGUCAAAUUCUUAGGUUUUAAUUGGAUGAUUUGGAUUACUGCAAUCAUUUGUUUUCUAUAUGCUCCUUUAACUUUAUUUCUCAGGAAUCCAUCAGAAAAAGAGACAAGUAAUUUAGAGGUAAUAUAAGUCGUUUAAUAGUAUUCUACUCUAUAAGUUACUACUAGGGAAUAUGUAGAGGUUUAUGUAGAAUUGUAUAAAAUAUGGAUUGAAUUUAUGAUCAAUCUACUUUGUAUUAUGAUGGAAUCUACUCACCAGAUAAGUUGUAUACAGUUAAACGUUAGAUGGGAAUUGCUACAAUUGACAGUCCAAGACAAGUGAAAUGUACAAGUACUUGUGAGACUAGAAAGAAGGCUGUAGAAUGUAAUCUACCACUAGCUUGAGUUACGGAAUACACAAUAGAUCCAAAUGGAAGACUGAAGAAUAUGUGUAUACUACCUGGUUGGGAUCCAUGAGACGAUAGCAACCGAUGAUUAGAAACCUUGAAUGACAUGACUCAAAAUCGUUUGCGGUGGUGCAGGUGAACCCACUCUUUGUGUUUUCCCAAAUUAUAAUCUUCUGAAUUCUUCAUGUCCCUUUCUUUUUUCUCUUUCCAAAUUUAUUUCACUG